AGAAAUCUUGAACGAACAAAAACUAUUUUUAGAAACAAUGAAAAUAAUACUUUAGAUAAACUUGAUGUUAAUAUAGCCAGUAAUUUGGUUUCAUAUUUAACGAAAAAUGAUGAUUCUACCUUGACUAAAUCACGAGAAAAUAGAUGGAAAUCAAAUAAAAAGACUGAUAAUAACACAAAAGAUCAUCCACGUGCUGAUAACUCUGCUUUUUUACCGUUACAAAUCGGAUCUUUCGUAAUAGCUAAAUUUGACAAUACAUUUUGUGUUGCUCAAAUCAUUGCCAUGUAUGAACAAAAGUCCUUGAUGCAUUCAUAUACUGAUACUCCUGUUUCAGAUCUCAAAUCUCUUUCUUAUGUAUCUAUGAAAAUUUUCUUUCAUGUUAAUGGUGCAAUUUUUUCAGAGAUUCGGGAUCAUCAUUUUUUAAUUUUUUCUCAUACUAAAGCUUCUCAUAUUAUUCAUCAUUUGGUAUUAAAAGAUGUUAUUAUUAGUGAAGAAGCAUUAAUUCUUAAAGGACAAGCAAAGGAAUAUUUUAAUGCACUCCUUAAAAGUAAUAAUAAAUAA